UUAAAAUUCAUCAUAUUAAUAAAUAAGUUCCAUAGGACUAUGCAAUGGUUUAUAGGGGUGUGUGUGUGUGAUACAUGUAACUAGAAGUUUUUGUGUUGUCCUAUAUAAAGGGUACUAUAGUGGGCUACAUGUAAGUGAAUUGAAGUUAAGUUGAAGAAGGUUAUAAUAAUAUUUGUAUAUAUUAAGUGUUUUAAUUGAAUUCUUAGUUCAUAUCGAAGGAGAUCUGUACAAGUCCUACCUCAUACAACCGUACAUCUCAAUGCAUACUUGUACCCUCUAGCACAAUUUAUUUUAAGCUUUCGCUGCCCUUAACAUCUCCUGCCUCCCCUGUGUUCCAUGAAAAGGGUGAGCUGAAAUGUUUUUGGUGUGCUGUUGGAAUUGGCAUAAUGGGACUGUGUAUGCAUUCUAUUGUUGGGAUUGCUCUUUCUUUCUUUUUUUUGUUUAAUUUUUAAUUUUUUUUAUUGUGUUUGGGAAUGCUCUUUUUGGUUGAACUUUUUUGCAUGUGUCCAUUACUCUUCUUUUCGACGAGGAAAAUCUAAAGGGUUUCGAAGACAAUAGGCUAGAAAAACUGACCUGGAGAGGAUGGUACAUGGGUGAGUGCACAGCUGACACACACCCACACAAACAUUCUUCCAUGUGAUGAGGAUUGUAGUGCUGUUUUAUGUUAUGUCCCAAGCAGAGAGGGACUAUGAAUCUGUGAUAGCUUGCCUUGUCGAGAACUCAGAGAAAGUGAUUUCAUCAGAUGUUUUAAGUCUUCAAGGCAAUUUUAUUUUAUUUUAUUUUUUCAAUUGGAAGGAAGUUGAUUCUUACUAUAAUCCACUACUAAGGUAGUAUUUGAUUCACUGGAAUAAAACGGAAUCAUUCCAUCAAAAUAUUCAGAGGAAUGAAGAACAGAAAUGACACCAUGGAAAUCAAAAGGCAAGUAAAAUUAUGAGACGGAAUUUCUCCAACUGUGAAAUUCAGUCCAACUGUUUGUGAACUUAAAUUUUAUAAACUAGUACAUCAAUCUUCAAUGGUUCAUCCAGAAUUUGGUAAUUUCCAAAUCCAGAUCAAAGCCUGGCCAAUUUCUUGGAAACCCAGUCAAAGUAAAGCUUGUAGUAAGUAUACACAAGUAAGCCCUUUUUUUUGGCAUAUCUAUUUUCAGUGAGAUAUGUAAUAAGUGAGACUAUUUGUAGCACACAAAAGUUGACAUCAUGAGUCAAUUUUCUUAGUUGGAUGAAGUCAUACACAGUAUUACAUUACCCAUUGAGACAAAAGAUGGCCAAACUCGACACCCAAAAGUCAAGUCUUUGUAGGGAACAGAAUCCCUUGAUUAUGAUUUCUUUCCCAUUGAUUUAUACCUAAAGAAAACAAUUGUUGACUAGACAAAAAUAGCUAAAUGAACUCUCUUUCCUUUUUCCAAACACCUGUUUGUCUAUUUUGUGACGUUUUCUCUUUUUUUUUUGGGAGCAAUUAUUGGAUACCGCGGAGAAUAUAUUGUCAUGUGAUGCUUUCCUCAGACAUUAUUAGUUUACACAAUGGAACAUAUCAGCAAUGUUCGGCACCUAAAAAAUUUAUACGAAAAAAUACUGGAGGGUUAAGAUUCAUUUCAAGUAUGAGUUUCACUAUAUAUAAUUAAAUUUUGACAACACAUUAUAUUUUGGGUAAAUUUGUGGACAAAUUUUAUAGUUUCUUAACUUUUAUUGCCUAACAAGAGGGGAAUCACAAUUGACACUUAAUGGUUGGUAUGGGGUAAACUUUAUUGCUUGCACCCAUCUUCUUCUUGCUGAUCUGGAAAGAUCUUAUAGAUCAGUUGACCAAGCUCAACUUGCAACCAAUAGGCGUACAAUUUUCAAACUCAUAUCAUAAUUCUCAAAGAAAUCGUGUUUUUUUUUAAUUAAAAAAGUUCAAUUAUUUAUUGCACUCUGUAUCUAUACAUACCUCUCAUUGCACUUCAAGCUCUUCAGCUCCCUUCUUAGCUUACAUUGAAACAUCAACAAUGACAUCAUUAGCAAUGUCUCCUUCCAAACAGUUCCUUUCUUUCCAAGUCCAGUUUAUCUUUCUCAUCAUCCUUGUGCUGGUCUCUUCUUCCCAUUUUGCUGCUUUUGCUUAUUCUCCGACUCCAAAAACAGAAGUAGUGGCUCUUUUAACGUGGAAAGCAAGCCUUGACAACCAAAGCCAAUCUCUCCUAUCAUCGUGGGUUGGAAGCAACCAUUGUAAUUGGGUUGGAAUUCGUUGCAACAAGGUCAACAGUGUCACCCAUAUAAACAUUACGAGUUAUGGUUUGAGAGGUACGCUUUCCAAUCUUAAUUUCUCGUCCUUCAUUCAUCUCCUCAGCCUCCAACUUUUUAACAACUCACUCUAUGGGAACAUCCCUUCCAGCAUUGGGAGCCUUUCAAGACUCUCAUAUCUUAGCUUGGCCGCCAAUAAUUUGUCUGGAACAAUUCCACCUGAACUAGGCAACUUGAUGAAUCUCAAGAUCUUGUACAUGAAUAGAAAUCAAAUCAGUGGCUUCAUCCCUCGAGAAAUAGGAUUGUUCAGCUCUCUCAAGGAGCUUAGUUUGUAUUCUAAUAAUCUCACAGGUUCAAUCCCUCAUUCUAUAGGAAACUUGAGUGAUUUAACCCUUUUGUUCCUUUAUGACAACAAACUCUCCGGAUCUAUCCCUCGAGAAGUUGGGAUGUUGAGUUCUCUUGUUAUGCUUGAUUUGUCUGCAAACAACCUUGUGGGUUCAAUCCCUGCUUCUAUUGGUAACUUGAGCAACCUAGCAAUUCUAUACCUUUUUCAAAACCAACUUUCUGGUGCAGUCCCUCAAGAAGUUGGGUUGUUAAGGUCUCUCAAAGAGCUAGUUUUGGGGUCUAACAAUCUCACAGGUUCUAUUCCUACUUCUAUAGGGAACAUGGACAACUUAACGAUCUUGUACCUGUAUGAAAACCAGCUUUCUGGAUCAAUCCCUCAAGACGUUGGGUUAUUACGGUCACUCAAUGAGCUCAUUCUAUGGUCUAACAAUCUCACGGGUUUAAUCCCUGCUUCUAUAGGAAACUUGAGUAGUUUAUCCACCCUAACCCUUUCUGAAAACCACAUUUCUGGAUCAAUCCCUCAUGAAGUUGGGAACUUGAACAGUUUAUCCACCCUAACCCUUUUUGAAAACCACCUUUCUGGAUCAAUCCCUCAUGAAGUUGGGUUGUUAACGUCUCUCAGUAAGCUUGCUCUGAAUUCUAACAAUUUCACGGGUUCAAUCCCUCCUUCUAUAGGGAAUUUGAACAACUUAACAAUUCUAUAUCUUUAUGGCAACCGACUUUCAGGAACAAUUCCUAAUGAAGUUGGGAAUCUAAGGUCUCUCAUUGAACUUGAUUUGUCAACAAACAAUCUUGUUGGGUCAAUCCCUACAUCUAUAGGGGACUUGGGCAACUUAAACAUGUUGCACCUCCAGGCAAACAUGUUCUCAGGAUGGAUUCCUUCAACUAUUGGAAACUUGACCAAGCUCAGUGCGUUAGAUUUAGCUGUAAAUCGAUUAUCUGGCUACAUUCCUUCAGAGAUAGGAAAGUUAAAAUUCCUUGAGUUUCUUGGGUUGACCAGCAACCACCUCACUGGCUCUAUACCUCUAGGAUUGAGUAAUCUUACAUAUUUGAAAAAUUUCCAUAUAGGUUACAACAAACUUACCGGUCAUUUGCCAGGACACUUAUGCUUUGAUGGUGGAUUACUUGCAUUGAGUGCAAACAACAACAAUCUCACAGGUCCCAUCCCAAAAAGUUUGAAAAAUUGCCAUAGCUUAUACAGAGUUAGGCUUGAUGGAAACCAAUUUUCAGGAAAUAUAUCAGAAGAUUUUGGCUUGUACCCAAACUUGAUUUACAUUGAUUUGAGUGAUAACAAUUUCUACGGCGAGCUAUCUCAAAAAUGGGGAAAGUGUCAUAAUUUAACUAGUCUCAAAAUGUCUAAUAAUAAUAUUUCUGGUGGGAUACCGCUUGAAUUGGUAGAGGCAGCUCAGCUACAGAAACUUGACCUCUCUUCAAAUCAUCUAGUUGGAGAGAUACCAACAAAAUUGGGAAGGUUGGUUUCAUUGUUUGACCUUAAGCUGAAUGAUAACAAACUCUCGGGCAACAUUCCUCAAGUGUUUGGCAAGCUUUCCAAUCUGGAGAAUCUUAACUUGGCAGCAAAUAAUCUAAGUGGUCCGAUCCCUAUAGAACUGGGGGAAUGCUUGAAACUAUUAAGCUUGAAUUUGAGCAACAACAGAAUUGGGAAUAACAUUCCUUUAGAGAUAGGCCAUUUACAGGGCCUUCAAAGUCUUGAUAUUGGUUACAAUUUGCUAAUAGGUAAGAUACCACUACAGAUUGGUGAAUUACAAAGCCUAGAAACAUUGAAUAUCUCCCAUAAUGAGCUCACUGGUUCCGUUCCAUUAUCUUUUGAUAAUAUGUUAAGUUUGACAUCGGUAGAUGUAUCUUUCAAUCAGUUGGAGGGUCCUAUUCCUAACAUGAAAGCUUUCCGAGAGGCUCCAUUUGAGGCGCUCAGAGGUAAUAAAGGUUUGUGUGGUAAUGCUACUGGUUUGAAAACUUGCUCGCCUAAAAUGAACAAUGAGAUUGGUAAAAAAAAGACAAACAAAGUAGUGUUACUAGUUGUCCUAAUUUUUGGAUUUUUAUUGCUUUUGCUAAUGGUUCUCGGAAUUUUUAUGGCUUUUCAUAAGAAAGUAAGGAACACAACAAAUGAACCAAGACAAGUACAUAAUCAAAAUUUGUUUGCAAUUUGGAGCUAUGAUGGGAAAAUGGUGUAUGAAAACAUCAUUGAAGCGACUGAGAACUUUAGUACCAAACAUUGUGUUGGGGAGGGAGGAUGUGGUACUGUUUAUAGAGCUGACCUUCCAAGUGGUCAGGUAGUUGCUGUGAAGAAACUUCACGAAUCACCUGAUGAUGACUUGACUAAUCUAAAAAGCUUUACGAGUGAGAUCCAUGCGUUAACAGAGAUUCGCCAUCAAAACAUCGUAAAACUUUAUGGUUAUUGUUCACACCCGAGGCACUCGUUUUUGGUUUAUGAGUUCUUGGAAGGGGGAAGCUUAGGAAAUAUAUUGAGCACAGAGGAUCAAGUAUUGCAAUUUGAUUGGAUUAAGAGAGUGAAUGUUGUCAAAGGUGCGGCAAAUGCUUUGUCUUAUAUGCACCACGAUUGUUCACCUCCAAUCAUCCAUCGAGACAUAUCAAGCAAGAAUGUUUUGCUUGAUUUAGAGUAUGUGGCUCACAUCUCAGAUUUUGGCACAGCUAGAUUUAUGAAGCCUGACUCAUCCAAUUGGACUACAUUUGCCGGGACCUAUGGGUACGCUGCUCCUGAACUUGCUUAUACAAUGGAAGUGGAUGAGAGGUGCGAUGUUUAUAGUUUUGGGGUGCUCACACUGGAAUUGAUUACGGGGAAGCAUCCGGGUGAUCUAAUCUCCUCUUUGUCAUUGUCGUCAUCCUCCUCAUCAACAUCAACUGUGCAUGGAAUAUUAUUGAAGGAUGUGUUGGAUCAACGUCUCUUUCCUCCUAAGAAUCAAGUGGUGGAGCAAGUAGUUAUGGUUGCGAAACUAGCAUUUGCAUGUUUACAAGCCAAUCCAUCGUCUCGGCCAACCAUGAGACAAGUUGCCAUGAAGCUAUCAGAUGAUCAUAUAACCAUGAAGAUAUCAGAUGAUCAAAGUCCACCUUUGCAAAAUCAAUUUCACAUGAUAACUUUAGGACAACUCUUUUGAUAUCACCUGUUCGACCUCUUUGAGUGUUUGCCUUCUAUCCUUAGAAUAGUAAUUUGGAGAUUCCUGUACAAAGUGGUGUUGUACAAUGCUUCAAAGAAAGAGAAAUUCACAAUGACGUAGUUUGGAUACCAAAGAACAGUUAAAAGUGUGUCAUUGAAACCAGAGCAUAAGACAACAUGUUGAUUUAGCAAUUUGUUUGCUAACUUUUGUGAACAAAUCAGAAGAAAUUGAAAAGAAAAAUGAACAGCACAGAUUUAGAUUAGGUUUUUUUGUGAUAAUUUUUUGAGUAAUAAUCUUAAAGUGGUGGUUUAAACCUCAAAAUAUAAUCAUUAUUGUACUAAAUAUUAUUUCAGGGAAUCAUAAUUAUACAGAUUUAU